AGGCAUCUGGGUUCAGGCAAACUUUGGCGUGUCAAGCCCUAGCCAUGGCAAGUAUGGCGAGACGAGUGCUUUUGCUGAGCCUUUGGGUGGCGCAAGCUUCCCACUGGUGGGAGACUGAAGUGAUGUAUCAGAUCUAUCCACGCUCCUUUCAAGACUCGAACGGAGACGGUACGGGCGACUUGAAGGGCAUCAAAUCGAGGCUUCCUUACUUGAAGGACUUGGGCGUCGGCUUUGUCUGGAUCUCCCCUGUGAUGAAGAGCCCCAUGCGGGACUUCGGCUACGACAUCAGCGACUUCCACGACAUUGAUGCCCUUUUCGGCUCGCUCCAGGACUUCAAGGACUUGGUGGCAGCAGCGGAUAAAAUGGGCAUCAAAGUGUUGAUGGACUUCGUGCCGAAUCAUAGCUCCAACGAGUCCAAGUGGUUCUUGGAGUCCAAAUCGUCCAAGACGAACCCCAAGCGGAACUGGUACGUUUGGCAUCCAGGUGUUGAGGUCAAUGGCACUCGCCAACCGCCCAACAACUGGGCAUCCAACUUUGGUGGCGGUGCAGGAUCUGCUUGGACCUGGGAUUCCAGCACCGAGGAGUAUUACUACCAUGCUUUUGGCGAGUUUCAGCCCGACCUGAACUACCGAAAUCCUGAAGUGGUGGAGGCGAUGCAGGAGGUGCUCCGCUUUUGGCUUCGCUUGGGAGCCGGAGGCUUCCGAAUCGACGCAGUGCCCUUCCUGCUGGAGGACAUGCAGCUGCGGGACGAGGCGCUGAAUGAGAGCUGUGCCAAGACUCAGAUGGCCUGGAACUGCAUGGUGCACAACUACACCAACAACAAUCCGCAGAACCAUGAGAUCAUCCAGGGCUGGCGCAAAACGGUGGACGAGUUCGAGGGCCGCGUGAUGUUUGGCGAGAUCUACGCGCCCUUGAAGGACCUCAUGCAGUACUAUGGUACACCCGAGAAGCCCGAGUUCAAUGUGCCCUUCAACUUCGAGGUGCUGGGUGCAGACUUCGGCGAGCCCAAUGACCUCCGGCAAGCGCCCAUCGUGCGCCGGGCCGUGCGCGCAUACGCCGCUGCCCUGCCGGACUGGUGUCAUGGCAACUGGGUCUUGGGGAAUCACGACAACCACCGUUUGAUGCAACGCUUGCAUAACGACACCCGGCUGGCGACCACUGUCUACAACUUCUUUAACCUCUUGCCUGGCACUCCUGUCGUCUACCAAGGGGAUGAGAUUGCCAUGAGGGACGAGUUCAUUCCGUACGCCCUCUGCCGGGACCCCAUGUGCUUGAAGAACCCUGAGACCUUCACCGUCUCGGGGCGCGACCCCGAGCGGACGCCAAUGCAGUGGAGCCCAGGCCCUCAGGCCGGCUUUUCGAGCAAUGCCAGUACCUGGCUUCCGGUGAAUUCGGACUAUGUCACUGUGAACGUGGAGACCGAGAAGGCCCAGAAGACUUCGCCCUGGUCGGUGAUGAGGAGUGUCCUCCAGUGGCGGAAGAACCACUCGGAAUUGGCCACUGGGAAAAUUACCGAAGUUCCAGGAGACUUCCAGGGGCCAGCGUUGCAGAAGGACUUGGUCUUGGUGAAGUUCACCAUGGGCGACAUGGCUGCUGCUACCGUGGGCAACUGGAACUCGGCCUAUAGCUUGGCAAUGGACCUUCCUUCAUUGGUGAAGGCCUCUGGCGGAAGUGUCCAGAUUCUCUUCUCCACCGACCCGGAUCGAACCAAAGAGGUGGCAACGCCCUUCGUCCUGCUUGCCGGGGAAGUGGUGGUGAUCACGUUUAAGGAGGAAAUCCUGGAGACUUGGCCGUUGGGUGAGGUGCGAUUUCCAUCCAAGCCUGAAGCUGUCAGGGCUAAGGCAUGGAGAAGUGAAGAUGUAGUGGAUCUUUAGGCCGCACCGCAUCUGGGCUUUAGGCCAAGCUUCGGUGUCCCAUUCGACUGGCCGAACCGGGGCCCCGUUGGAUGGGCCGAACCGCCACUUCGAGGGAAGUGGCCGAACCCGACAUUUGAAGCUUCGCUUUGGCCUGAUGGAGCUGGGAUGAAGCAGGACAAGUUUUUGGCCUGACAUGGGGCAAGCACGACUCCUAAGAUUAGAUCGCCCCGAAGUCUCAUUUCUUUUUAGGCCAGGCAUCCCAUGCCUUAUCC